AUGAGCAAACCUGCAGAGAAAUGGUACGGGGGCUUCCGUUUGGUUCGCUCCGUCUGCAAGUUCCCAGCCUUGUGUCGUCAUGGAUUGAAAAUCCGAACACAAGGUCUUGACAUGUUGACGGCUGAAUGCGGGGACUGCGUCUGUGUUCCUCCCCGGGUUUGCAGGUAUCGCGAGCAGAUCCGGGGCAUUGUCUUGAAAUGUCCAUGUCCACUGUUUGAGAACAAGCACAUCAUGAGAAGAGAGCCAGCCGGCCUAGGGGAGGGACGAAAAGUUAAAAGGGCAAUCCAAACUGGGAAGUCCCUUGUACCAAAAUCAUUAGACCUAUCAAUCAUGCCUUCCGAACUCAAGGAGAGACGCUUCCCGUUUCACGGCGAGGACAUUGAAUACAUAUUGUAUUUGGAGCUUGAGUUGCUGAAAGCCCAAAGAGCCACGUCAAGGCCAUGCCUGAUACCAUCCUCGCUGAACUGCAGUGACACGCCUUCUACCUUGGACCUGAACCUAUCCGAAGGAAACUGUAAGUUCAUCUACUGCAGCAUGUCCGAGAGGACGUCCCGGAUGCCAAUCGGCAAGAAUCAGAGGUUGUCACUCAGUACAGUCGCCUUUGACCGUGGGCACACCAAGAAGAAGCAUGCUCAACUGCCUCAGUGGCGGAGAGAGAUGAAUCGUUUCGUCAAGUCUGUUCCGUCACUCGAGACGUGGGCUGCCAAGAGGGUUAGCUGUGGAUUCUCUAGCCCCGCGAGUAACCAUGCUGCUCUUCAACUCAUGCUAGGGUCAUCUGUCAGUGUGGCAUAUCCAAACGAUAAUGGGAUCAUGAGUAUGCCGCCGCUCGCGUCGUCGGAUAAGUCCGAUAUGGUUAUGAGAGGAUGCGAGUACGGGGUGUUGGCUAGUACCUGCUCUUUGAACGGGAGGCUUGCCAUCCUGGUUGGCAAAUUCCAGAAGGUCAUCUUCAUCUGCUACUGCACGGUGUUGCUUGCGCUAGGCAAUUCCAAGAAGACAGUCAACUGGAUGAUGCGCCAGUACAUAAGUGACUCGGACGAUAAAAACCUUGAGCGAUAUCGCCUCGGCUGCCUAUGGGUGAAUCGCUGUGCCUCAAGCCUGCUGAGGCUGGGAUGGGGAUACAAGAGCUGGGAGCUUUUUGUUCUCUGUGCACAGGCUCCUCAUCAAUACGGACGGUUCUCUGACUACAGCGAGAGCAUCAAGGUGUUUACUGAGGCUAUUGGGCCGGCCGAGGUGCCCAUUUUUGAAAAUGGGUGGAUCCCAUACUGCAUUCCAUGCAUCAUCAAAUGUCUUGCCGGCGAUAGCAUCGAGCUGUCCAAAAUCUGCGAGUGCCUUGGCUACGACUUUGACCUCAUUGCAGACAUUUAUCGUAACUUCUUCGAUCCCUUUGACUACAAUGGUUUGAUGGUGUCACUACGAGAUUUCAACUGA